GUUGUAUUACGGAGAGAGAGAGACAGAGAGAAGUGAGAGAUGGCGCUUCUUCUUCCCGUGAACCUGAGCUUUCCUUCUCCUGCUGAUUCUUUUGGUUUCUCUUCAUUUUCUCGUUCGCUUUUCUUUACUAAUCACCGAAUUCCCGUCAAGUCAAUUCGAGUACUACAUUCACACUCCAACCUUACAUUUCCUUAUCCAGGUCCUCAAUUCGAAUUCAGGGAAAAGGCGAGAGCUUGUAGAUUAAGGAUCACUCCUCGCUGCACCUCAAACUCUGAGAAUGAAGAGUCUAGAGUUGUGAAGGAGAAGAGCGUAUCGGUGAUUCUAUUGGCUGGAGGGAAGGGCAAAAGGAUGGGAGCGAGCAUGCCAAAGCAGUAUAUCCCACUUUUAGGCCAACCAAUUGCUUUAUAUAGUUUGUACACUUUCUCACAAUUGAUUGAAGUGAAGGAAAUCAUUGUGGUUUGUGAUCCCUCCUACAAGGACGUUUUUGAAGGAACCAAAGAGAAGAUUCGUGUGGAACUUAAAUUCACACUCCCUGGUAAGGAAAGACAAGAUUCUGUCUACAGUGGACUUCAGGCAGUUGAUUUAAACUCAGAGCUUGUUUGCAUCCACGAUUCUGCAAGACCUUUGGUAUCAUCAGGAGAUAUAGAAAAGGUUCUUAAAGAUGGUUGGCUGAAUGGAGCAGCUGUACUUGGUGUUCCUGUAAAAGCUACAAUCAAAGAGGCCAACAGCGGAUCUUUUGUAGUAAAAACUCUGGACAGGAAAAAACUUUGGGAAAUGCAGACCCCACAGAUCAUUAAACCUGAGUUACUUAAAAAGGGUUUUGAGCAUGUAAAUAGAGAAGGACUUGAAGUCACCGAUGAUGUGUCUAUUGUGGAGCACCUCAAGCAUCCUGUAUACAUUACUGAAGGAUCUUAUACCAACAUCAAGGUCACAACCCCAGAUGAUUUAUUGCUUGCAGAGAGAAUAUUGAAGGGUGGGCGUUGAAUUUGCAUUGAGUACAUUUUAGGGCUACACCGUGAAAGGACUUACCACAAGAAUCACAUGAAGGAGGGUUCUUGGUCUUUUCAACAAUAAUGAGAGGAUUUUGGUGAUCUUUAUUUAUGUAAGUUCUUCCAUACUCGAUGCAAACAUUUUUCCCAAUAACACACCAGGGACGAGCAGUGAACUUACAUUCUUCACAGUAAUAAAACCAGCGGUCUGGAUCUCUUUUUUCUUCACAAAUUAGACAAUAAUAUUCUUCGGGAUCAUAUUCACGUGUAUAGAAGAGAUGUAGGCAAUGUGUAUCAUAUUCAUAUCUAGCUACUAGUGGAAGAGUUGUACAUCUAAUGCACAAGGUGAACUCGUUGCAAUAAGUGCAGAGGAAUUUCAAAACCCCUUUAUAAUUUUUACCACAAGCAUUGCAAGCUCCAUGAGAUAUUUUAGCAAUGGAAAUGGGGUGUGGGUGACCUUCAUGUUCCAGGUGAUCCAGAAUUAAACAACACUAAACGUCAAAAUUGUAGUGCUCCAUAGAAAGUUUGUCACAUAUAUAGGUGAAGCCAUGGCGAUGAUGUUUACAAACAUCACACCAGAACAAUUCAUUGGUGUUUGGAUCCUUUGAGACUAUUAGGUUGAGCGGAUGUUCAUGAAGUAACAUUCGCGU